AUGCUGGAAAGCGCUCGGGAGGUCAUCGAGUGGCUCGAGGCGGCCGUUGCGGCAGAGCGGGCCGAGCUCGAGAAGGAGCACGUCGCCCUAGUCGACGAAAGGGGCCGGCUGGAGGAGGUCUGCAAGUUGCUGGAGACCCGCAUGGCCUCGGCUCGUUCGGCCUACGAGAAGUCCAUGCGGGAGGUGGCCCUGGAGCGGGAGGCACUGGAGGAGGCCGACGAUGAGGCUGUUGCCGCGCAGGAGAAAGCCGGUCGCUUGGAGCGGCUCGCGGCAGAGCGCGACCGAGCGUCGAGGAGGCGCAUCGGCGAGCUGGACGCUCGCGAGGAGCAACUUGCCCGGCGCGAGCGACAGCGCGACCGCACCAAUGUUCUUCACCGGGAGGAGCAGGUCGCCUUGCGUGAGACAGAUGUUGUCCUGGCGUUGUCAGCACUUGCCGCCCGGGAGGAGCAGGUCACAUGGCAUGAGGCGGAUGCCGAUUUGGCGUUGUCAGCACUUGCUGCCCAAGAGGAGCGUGUCGCCAACCAAGAAGCCGACCUAGCCGCCCGAGAGCAGGCCAUCAAGGCCCAGGCCGAGCAACUAGAGCAGUCCCGGAGCGAGGUGGCUGCUCGACUCGAGGAGGUACGGGCCGCGAAGGGUGUCCCUACCAUCACCACCGACAGCAGCAGCCUCGAGGCUCGGCUAAAGAACGCCGAGGAGGAGCUUGAUACCAUCCUUCAAGAGCGGACGAAUGUGAAGCUGAUGAUGCGGGAUAUCCUUCGGCGGGCGCGGGACUCCGUGGAGGCAGCCGGGCUCGGGCGUGUGUCUGUGGGUUUCCAGGGGCUGGAAAUGGAAACAACAAGCCAUCUCGCCCUGGGAUUCUCUGAGAUUGCCCGGCGCCUCGAGGCUCUCCCUGCCGCCAUCCAGGAGCUGGUGACCCGGGAGGGGCGUGCGCUUGCCUAA